CGCCUCCUGCCGCUGCUGUGCGGGGGGGCGAGGAGCAAGGGGGCCUCCCUCGGCCCCGGGGUGCCGGGCCGCCUCGCCCAGCGGCGCUACAAGAAGGACGUGCUACCCUCCCCUGAGGGGCCCGUGCCCUCCGUCUCCAUCACCGAGAUCCGGCAGUACCUGCGGGCCCAGGGCAUCCCCUUCCACGACGGCUACAGCUGCCUCCACACCCCCAGCCUCUUCACCGACGGCCGGGAGGACCAGCCAGGCGGCCCCCAGCCACCGGCGGCCGCCGCCAGCGCACCUUACACACUUUUCAUUGACAAGACGACGGGCAGCUUUCUGUGCACGGCCACCCUGGCCGAGGGCACCUGGCAGGACUUCCAGGCCAACGUGGAGCUGCGGCACCGCGGUGUUCCCCCCGCCAGCUCAGAGGAGCCGGAGGAGGACACGCGACGGGCUCGCGAGGAUGCCCGCUGCAUCUGGGACCGGGCGCUGCCGCUCUGGGAGCUGCUGGACGAGGAUGAGACCAACAAGACCAAGGCCAUGUUCGGUAUCUCCCUGGUGACGGACGCCACCCUGAAACGCUUCGGGGUGCGUUAUCUGAGGACCGCCAAGUCCCUCGUCUUCCCCUGGUUCAGCCCCCGUGAUGCGACCCUGAAAGGCCUGAAGCUCGUGAGGGUGGAGAAGAAGGGGGAUGCGAUAACUUACGUGGAAGAGACUUUACCCCGCUUUGAUUCCUAUCGCAAUCUCUUUGGGCUGCCCCUGAUCGGCCGCCGAGACACAGAGCUGGUCUUAACCGGGUGGGAGCUGGAUGCCCUGGCCCUGCACCAAGCUACGGGGGUGGCCAGCCUGGCCCUGCCGCGGGGGGCCACCUGCCUGCCCCCCGCCCUCCUCCCCUACCUGGAGCAGUUCAAGCGCAUCACGCUGUGGCUGGGCGAGGACCUGCGCUCCUGGGAAGCCGCCAAGCUCUUUGCCCGCAAGCUGAGCCUCAAACGCUGCUCCCUGGUGCGCCCCGGUGACCUGCAGCCCCGGCCCUUGGAGGCUCUGAACCAGGGCCUGAACCUCACCAAGAUCCUGCGUGCCGCCCUGCCUGCCAGCCACAAAUCCAUCGUCUCCUUCCGGCAGCUGCGCGAGGAGGUGUUCGGGGAGCUGGUCAACACCGAGCAGGUGGCUGGUGUCAAGUGGGCACGCUUCCCCGAGCUCAACAAGCUCCUCAAAGGGCACCGCAGAGGGGAGCUCACCAUCUUCACAGGCCCGACGGGCAGUGGGAAGACGACCUUUAUCAGCGAGUACGCACUGGACCUGUGCAUGCAGGGGGUGUGCACGCUGUGGGGCAGCUUCGAGAUUAACAACGUCCGCCUGGCCAAGAUCAUGCUGACGCAGUUUGCCGCCCAGCGCCUGGAGGACCAGCUAGAGCUGUACGAUGAGUGGGCCGAUCGCUUCGAGGACCUCCCGCUCUACUUCAUGACCUUCCACGGCCAGCAGAACAUCAAGACGGUGAUUGACACCAUGCAGCAUGCUGUCUACAUGUACGACAUCACCCACGUGGUCGUUGACAACCUCCAGUUCAUGAUGGGACACGAGCACCUCUCUGUGGACAGGCUCGCUGCCCAGGACUACAUCGUUGGUGCCUUCCGCAAGUUUGCCACGGACAACACCUGCCACAUCACACUGGUCAUCCAUCCCCGCAAGGAGGAUGACGAGAAGGAGCUGCAGACGGCCUCCAUCUUUGGCUCCGCCAAGGCCAGCCAGGAGGCUGACAACGUCCUCAUCCUGCAGGAUCGUAAGCUGGUGACGGGGCCAGGGAAGCGCUACCUGCAGGUGUCCAAGAACCGCUUCGACGGGGACGUGGGUGUCUUCCCCCUGGAGUUCAGCAAGGCCUCGCUCACCUUCUCAUCCUCUGGCAAAAGCAAGGUCAAGCUGAAGAAGAUGAAGGAGGAGAAGGCGGUUUUAGCCAAGAAGGCUCUGGGAGGCUCAGGAACCUCCAAGAAGCCAUGA